UCUCUUUCGAUUUCAUUUCCCGGAAGGAUAGCCUACAAAAAAACAUGCGAUCCAGCUAGAAUGCACUGUUGCAGAAUGUGCAUGUAGCUUGUAGUUUUACAAAUUCAAGUUGGAUGUGGGAAAUGGUGAAAUGUAUCACUAAAAGUCAAAAUAAGAAAUAUUGUAGUAUUGGACUGACUAAUCUAGUGUAGCUAGUCUACCCAACCUCUGGAAUAUGAGUGACGGUUCCUCACCGCCACCUUUACUCCAGCAAGAGUAUAGAGGAAACGGAGCACAAAUGGGCAGUCCAAACAUUGCGAGCCCCGUCUGUGGCUCAGAUGAGGAACUUUGUACACUCCCUGGAAGACUCAGGAUAAAUCCAUCACUAUGGGAUAAGAAUGAUGUGAGCCAUUGGUUGCGCUGGGCCCAGAAGGAGUAUUCCCUCCGUAAAACGGAUCAGGAGAAGUUUGAGAUGAAUGGCAAAGCUCUGUGUCUCCUCACCAAAGAAGACUUCCGUCUGCGUAGCCCCAGUUCAGGUGAUGUCUUGUAUGAGCUCCUUCAGUACGUGAAACAGCAGCGUAGGGGAGCACUGUCUGCCACUGGCUCUGAAAACCUCAACAGUCCCACAGUUCCGCCCAGUCACCUACUGACUGCACAUGCACAGACAAGCAGUUACAUAGCCCCUCUAAUCUCAAGCAGGUCUGUUCCUAUUUGCCCAGUAAACCCACACUCAAGAGCAGUAGGCGUGUCCCCGUCUAACCACUACCUGGAUGCUGGGGACGCCUCCUCUUUUCCAUACACCAACCCUGCGCAGCAGGUUCAGCCAGACUUCCAAGGAGGUCUCCAGUUUGCCACAGGAGAGAUAAAGUUCCUGACCACUGGGAACCAGACAGAGGAAAUAAACCCUGCUGGCCGAGAGGAACCUCUGAAUCUGUCCAAUUGGAUAGAUCAACCAGCUAUUGCUUCACAACCCGCAGAAGCCAAUGGGAAGAUAGCAGAUUGCAGAUUCCUAUGGGAUUAUGUUUACCAAUUGCUCUCAGACAAUCGGUAUGAGAGCUUCAUAAAGUGGGAUGAUCCACAAACCAUGGUUUUUAGGAUAGUAGACCCAAAUGGGCUUGCCCGACUAUGGGGGAAUCAAAAGAAUAGGGUUAAUAUGACCUAUGAGAAAAUGUCUAGGGCCCUUCGACAUUACUACAAACUUAAUAUCAUCAAAAAAGAAGCUGGACAAAAACUUCUUUUCAGAUUCCUCAAGACCCCGCAGGAGAUCCUGCAGAGCCGAGUGGACAAGGCAGAGUCUCCAGAGACCCCUUCCUCUCCUGACUAUGUGGGGGAUAAUCUGGAGAUCUCCCUGGAUUCAGUCUCCGACCCACCAAGCCCCAGCUGAGACCGAUGCCCUUCAUAUUAGCACACCCUCAUAUCCCAGCUGAUGAUUGCUGCAAGAAUCUUAAAGCGGCUAUGUGUGUGAAAAAAUGAUGUUUUGAUUAUUUGAACCGUUUAGUAGACAAAAACACCAAUGCUUUGAUUUGCCCAUAUCCACUUAAGUUACUACCAGAAACAGGCCAUCUCUCUUGCAAAGUGAGUCUUCAUCUCAUUUUGUGCCUCAGUGGCGGAGUAUUGAAUACAAUGAAAGCUAAUGGAAGAUUGCCUGCCAUCAGUGCGUUCAAGACAACUUGAAACCUACAGAAUUCUACACAUAACCCCUUUAAGUUUUAAUAUGUUGUAUAUUUGCUUAGAUUGAAUAUAAGGGAACUGUUUUUAUUUCAUCUCAUUUUAUUUCAUUUUGUUGGAUGUGAUUGCAUUAAUCUCAGGGUUUUGUUGAGAGUGGAUAUGUCUUACUUUGCUCUCUGCUGUUUAGCUAUAAAAGCACUAUAGCUAAAGAAAGUUACUAAUGUAUGUUUUCAGAUUUCACUCACACUGGCUUUGCUUAGAGCCCACAUCACAAAGGAAUAAGCAUGCUCACCAAGUCUGUAUUUUGCUGCUUUGGUUCUUUUGCUGGGCAUUCAGGCUACUGGCAUGUUGUGCUGUGAACAGGGUAGGAAUUUCACG